UCCUAUUGUUUUACUACUUCCAGAGCACACGAUAAUAUUCUGCUCCCUGCAGAUAAUUAUAUAUUUAAUUCCUCUCAGUUUCGACGAUACUCCCUCCCUAACUUCGUUAUAUCCCGCUUCCAAUAAUUCAGUUCAGUUACAAAAUACAAAUUUGUUCAGCUAUAUUUACAGCCUAAAUGGGCCAACUCGUGGGUCGAAUGCCCAAUACUUGGGAAGAGUUAAUAGAGGAACGUGAUCGUGUAUUGCACUGGAGUUCAGAAGUUCUGGCUCGUGUCGAUGAUAAUAUAAACAACGAGGAAACCUUUCUGAUGGAAUACGAUAACAAGAGAAUCAGUGAGAAGGUCAAUCAGUGGAUUUCCGAGCACAGAAUACAACGAGACACGAUUCUCAAGGAAUUCAUCGAGGCAAGUCCUGUUUAUAAGGAUAAAAUUCAACUAGGGGUGAACAAGAUUGCAAAUGAAGUGAAAAAUAAAAUUCGAUGGGAGUACCAUGAGUCGUACCAUGACGUAAGAAAAUUCACGAGACGUGUGGAUUUGCUUGGUGAGGUACAGCGCAAAAUACACAGGGAAAUACUGAUGUUGGAGAAUUCUUGCAAAGAUAAGCCCAAGAAAUUUGCAAAAAAACUUACACAACUGAGAACUUGGGUAUUCAAUAAUCUAGAGGCCAGUGAGAAGAUACAAUUCAUCGAGAAAAGACGGUUCAAUGAUUUUCGAAAGAGAGUUUACGACAUCGAUCGCAAACACAGGAAGGAGUGCUAUAAGCUGUUGGAGAAAUUAAUUCGGAAAUUUUAAAUGCAAAUGAAUGGAUGGGCUUCGUUGACAUUUUUAGAGUUGCGCAAAUAGCAAUUAACAAUUUUUUUUGAAAAUAUAAUGGUUAAUCUAUGGGUGUAAUUAUUGGAAUAACUUUGGGAAGAGAAUCAAGCUUUGAAGGUUUUUUGUUUGUAAUAAUUAAUAUCAUUAUGUAUAUAAUAUUGAAUUGUACCAAAAAAUGUAUGAGCGUUUUGCAUGAAUCAAUAAAUUAUUAGAAAAAAUAAAA